UCAACAUCUCGGACGUAAAAAAAAAAAUAAGUGAACAUUGUGGUGUAGCGUAACAUUGUAAUGUGAAUGUUUAAUGCAGGUCUGUAUUGAAAGUGGACGUUGUUUUGUUCAUCAUUUGUACAAACAAGAAGUUGUAGUGCCGGCUAGGAGAGAUCUGUGGUGAAAAUGGCUCCAACUAUCCAGACACAAGCUCAACGAGAGGACGGCCACAGUAGGACGUCCUCUCACAGAACUGUCCCAGAGAGGUCGGGAGUGGUCUGUCGGGUGAAAUACUGCAACAGCCUGCCUGAUAUCCCUUUUGACCCCAAAUUCAUCACAUAUCCAUUCGACCAGCACAGGUUUGUACAGUAUAAAGCCACCUCUCUAGAGAAGCAGCACAAGCAUGAGCUCCUGACCGAGCCAGACCUUGGAGUCACCAUCGAUCUCAUCAACCCAGACACCUACCGCAUAGACCCCAACAUUAUCUUGGAUCCGGCUGAUGAAAAGCUACUGGAAGAGGACAUCCAGGCUCCUUCCAGCUCUAAGAGGUCACAACAGCACGCCAAAGUCGUCCCAUGGAUGAGAAAAACAGAAUAUAUCUCUACAGAGUUCAACAGAUAUGGUGUCUCCAAUGAAAAAGUGGAAGUCAAAAUUGGAGUGUCUGUCAAACAGCAGUUUACAGAGGAGGAGAUUUACAAAGACAGAGACAGCCAGAUCGCUGCCAUUGAAAAGACAUUUGAGGACGCACAGAAAUCAAUCGCGCAGCACUACAGUAAACCCCGAGUUACUCCUGUGGAGAUACUGCCUGUAUUUCCUGACUUCAAGAUGUGGAUCAACCCAUGUGCUCAGGUCAUCUUUGACUCUGAUCCUGCACCUAAAGACAUGUCAGGACCUGCUGGAGUUGAAAUGAUGUCUCAGGCCAUGAUCAGAGGUAUGAUGGAUGAGGAAGGAAAUCAGUUUGUGGCCUACUUCCUGCCUAAUGAGGAAACGCUCCGAAAGCGCAAGAGAGAUAUGGAGGAGGAGAUGGAUUAUAUGCCAGAUGAGCUGUAUGACUACAAGAUAGCCAGAGAGUACAACUGGAAUGUCAAGAACAAAGCCAGCAAGGGUUAUGAAGAGAACUACUUCUUCAUCUUCAGAGAUGGAGAUGGUGUUUACUACAAUGAACUCGAGACCAGAGUGCGUCUGAGUAAGAGGAGAGCCAAGGCUGGAGCACAGUCGACCACAAACGCUGUGCUGGUGUGUAAGCACAGAGACAUGAACGAGAAGGAGCUUGAAGCCCAGGAGGCCCGUAAAGCUCAGCUGGAGAACCACGAGCCAGAGGAUGAAGAGGAAGACAUGGACAUGGAUAAAGACAUGCAGGACUCUGGUGAUGACAAAGACAAGGGCAGUGGGAGCGAGGCAGAGAACUCCGACAGCGAAUCGGACAGGGAGGAUGAAGACCGGGAGCACAGGGGAGAAGAUGAUGAAGAGGAUGAGGAGGGAGGCAAGCGGAGGAGGAAAGCCAGUGGCAGCGGGAGUGAGAGCGGCGAGGAGAGGACCAGAGAGAUGCGAGACGAGGAAGAGAUCUUUGGCAGCGACGACGACAGCGACGACAACGAGCCCAAGAACUCUGCCAGGAGCAGCGGGGAGGAGGGCAGCGGGAGCGAGGAUGAAGGAGGCGACAGAGGCAGGAGGAGCGCCAGCGGCUCUCCGGCGCACAGCGACCGCAGCAGUGACCACUCGGAGGCCCGCGCUCAGAGUGGAAGUGGGAGCGAGCAAGGUUCAGAUUCCAGCGACGCCAGUGACAGUGAAUGAGAUCCCUGGUCCACACAGUGCAGUUAUAUUCACUUAUCGCAUCUAUUUAUCUCCAAUCAGCUGGUUUCAAAGAUGCUGACUGCCUUCUGGCGUUGCUGUCUAUAACACUCGCUCAGCCAGGGACUGGACACUCUAAAUGCAGUUUGUGAAGGAGAUCCAUGUGGCUUUUGGGAACCCGAGGACAUCAGCUACUCAAUUCUGUGUAAAGUUUUGAUUUAUAGAUUUAGCACAAACGUCGUAGUAAAUAUUUGUACGCAUUCCUCUGUUUCUUUAUUGGGUUUUUUUU